AUGCAGCUUCUUGGUAAGGCCUUGAGCCUGUUCUCGUUGGCACUCCUCGCCAGCGCCGGCAAUGUCCCCCUGCCUGCAUAUCCACUGGCGGUGAAAAAUCCAUACCUUUCGGUUUGGCUUCCUGGUAAUGGCUCGGACAAUGCGCCCGCUGCGCAGCCGAUGUUCUGGGCUGGGCAACCGCUCAAGUGGGAAGUUAUUGCGCGAGUCGGCGAGCAGGCAUAUUGCUUGUUUGGAUGUACCAGUUUACCGAAUAAAGUGAAGAUGGCGACACAGUCAUCUAUUAGCUUCACGUCAACACACACUCUGCUUCACCUGCAGGCUGGCCCGGCCAAACUCACCCUGGACUUUUUCUCACUCAUUUCGCUGACGGACUACACACGGCAGUCUCUUCCGUACAGCUACCUGUCAGUUUCUAUCGACGAAGGGCAAUCUUCGCUUCCUUCAAUUACCGUCCUGAGUGCAAUCGAUGAUUCUUGGACUGCACAGCAAGGCAAUGUUGACGCCCAAUUUCAACAGGCGACCGGCUCUUCCAUGGUCAGCCUUACAGGCAAGCGCUCCAUAGCGUUCAGUGAGAAAAAGCAAAUGGCGACUUGGGGCCACACUGUACUAGCUGUUCCAUCCAAAAAGGCUUCUACAUAUCAGAUCGGAGCCGCCUCUGCUGUUCACGCAGCUUUCGUAAACUCUGGCAGCUUGCCCAAUACCGACGGCACCUACGGAGAGGGCUCUCUGGCGGCCAUGGCGCAACCAUUAUCAGCCGACGCGCCUUCGACCUCUGCAAUUGGGAUACAACAAGACCGUUCCAUUCAGUUUUUGGGCGACGCACAAUCGCCAUACUAUGCAUCCAAGUACCAGGGACUGGUCAACGUUACAGAGCACUUCCUUGACGAUUAUGCAGCAGCACUUAAGGAAUCGCAGCAGCUCGACUCAAGAGUCAGGAAUAUCGGGAACAAAUUAUCUUCAAAUUAUGCCGAUAUUCUUGAAGGUCAUAUGCGACAAAUCUUUGGCGGGUUCCAGGUUACCAUUCCAACCUCAUCGUUCGAUACCAGCCAAGCAAUGGCUUUCAUGAAGGAAGUAUCUACAGACGGAAAUGUCAACACCCUGGCCGAUUUGCUGCCACGCGCUCUGCCAGCAUUCUACGUCUUGGCGCCCGACUAUAUCCGCUUGCUACUUGAACCAGUGCUCACGUUCUCGAAGCAGUGGCCUGAGAAUUACGCUGUGCACGACAUCGGAAAACACUACCCGAAUGCGACCGGAGAGACCCCACAGGCAGAAGAAAAACUCCUUCUGGACCAGACGAGUGUAUUGCUGUGGAUGGUGUACGCAUACCAGAAGGUGUCGAAGAACACUCAAUGGAUACAGCCCUACAUUCCGAUUCUAGAGAAGUACGCCAACUAUCUCGUACAAAACGGUCUUUAUCCACCCAAGCAGCGCUCCGCAGUCGACUCGAUCCAGGCGACCGCGAACCAGACCAUUCUUGCUAUGUACUCGGCCAUCGGCAUCGCCUCCUUUGGAGAUUUAGCAUCCGCUCCAAACUACACCGCCAAAGGACGAGACUUUGCCAACAAGAUCCUUGACCUGGCCACCAACGCCAAAGGCAACCACAUCAUUACGCACUACAACGACCCAGGCACAUCGUGGAUUGGCACAUACCCCUUCGCGUUUGACAAGCUUCUGGGCCUGGGACUCUUCAACCAAUCCGUGUAUGACAUGCAAUCCAAGUGGUACGAGACACAGCAACACCCCAACGGCAUGCAGUUCUUCAGCGAGGUGGACAAGACGGUGAGCACGCUCGAGAUGUGGCUCGCCGCCACGUCCUCGUCGCAAGUGCGCGACUUCUUCAUCGACAGCAUACACAAGACCUUGACAAAUGGGCUGAACUCGGUCCCCGGUCCCACGAUCUGGAAUGUCGUGGGCAAUGAUGUCGGAGUGGCAUUUAUGACAAAGGCCAAGUCCGAUGUCGGCUCGUACUUCAUGGUCGCGGCAGUCGAUUUGUAG